GGAGAGUGUUGGUUAUUCGACUGUGGGGAGGGAACCCAGACCCAGUUUAUGAAAAGCCAUCUCAAAGCAGGAGGAGUUACCUCUUAUUCGGGAUAUUGGGAGGAAUGAAGUCUUUGCUCCAGUAUAUCUGAAAGAAUAUGUUUGCUCUUUCCGAUGGAAAAAGUGAAGCCCCUUUACCGAGUUGAACCCAAUUGUGUGGCAGCUGUUGGGAAUCCUGAACGGGAACGUCUCAGAUGGUAAGACAGUGGCUUUUUCCAGUUUCUGGAGACCACAGUCAGAGGCCAUGGGGCCUAAGCACAUUUCAGUAUCAUCUCCUGAUCAGGGACCAAAGAGGCAAAAAUUGAUCUGGAGGAUGACUUUAAGCUCAGCUGGUGGAGGGACGGAAAAGCACUUGUUUUCGAUUGUUUGGGCUGCAGUGAAAAGGCCGGGAUAAUCAAUCCACUUUUCCAGUGUACUGGAGCGCAACUGAGAUUGUAGUAUCAGGGUGACACACCGCCAGGCACCAGCCCACUUAGCUCAAGGCGUGAACAGAGAACUGAGGCCCUUUUGCUUUACUCGUCUCUAUCGAAUGCGUUUCAGGGCGAUCUCCCUGAGGAGGUGGAAGGCGAAUGGCGCCAUUUCUUUACCUUUCAAGUAAAUCCGUACCUUCUUAUUUCCGACUGGUAUGCCUGUGCUUUCUCUGUCUCAAUCUGUACAAGGGAGAGUUUCAAAGAUCUUCAUAACUCAUCUUCACGGGGACCACGUGUUCGGCCUGCCCGGGCUCCUCUGCACCAUCAGUUUACAGAGCAGCCCCACGGUCAGCAGGCAACCCGUGGAAAUCUACGGGCCGGAAGGGCUCCGCGACUUCGUAUGGCGAGCCUUGGCGUUCUCUCACUCGGAGCUCGUCUUCCCCUACGUCGUGCACGAACUGGUGCCCACGGCGGAUCAGUGCCCCGAGGGGGAGUCGAAAGACCUGUCCUGCCUGAACCCCUCGAACGACAGCCCCUCCAAAGAAGUGCAAGGGAGGACCAUCCGUUUGGACCCCGAGGACGGCUCUUACCCCUUGGUGGAGAACGAACGCUUCGUUGUGAAAGCGUUUCGUCUCUUUCACCGUAUACCGUCCUUCGGCUUUUCCUUGGAGGAGAAGGAACGUCCCGGAAGACUCAACGCUCAGAAGUUAAAAGACCUCGGCGUCCAACCAGGCCCUGCUUACGGAAAACUGAAAAAUGGAAUCGCCAUCAAUCUGGAAAAUGGCCUUACGGUUUCCCCUCAGGACGUCACGGAAGAGCCCAUCCCUGGAAGAAAAAUCUGCAUCCUGGGGGAUUGCUCCGGGCUCGUGGGAGACGGAGGGGUAAGGCUGUGCCGGGAAGCAGACCUGUUGGUUCACGAAGCUACCUUGGACGACAGCCAGUUGGACAAAGCUAGAGAGCACGGCCACAGCACCCCUGUCGUGGCUGCGGAGUUUGCAAAGCUUUGCGGAGCGAAGAAGCUGGUCCUGACUCACUUCAGUCAGCGAUAUAAACCGACAGCCCUGGCUGGGGAAGGAGAAACGGACGACGUUGAAGAACUAAAAAGGCAAGCGGAGUCGGUGUUGGAUUUCCAAGAAGUUACGCUGGCGGAGGAUUUUAUGGUGAUUGACGUUCCAGUGAGAAAACGAAGCCAGGCUUACCUGAACGCACAGUGACGUGUGGUUGUGUAACUGAGCCUGCCUUGGGGGGGUUUCUAGUCAAUUAUUUGGGGGCCCAGGAAUCCCGGGAAGGGAGGGGCCGCAUUACUGAAGCGGCCAACGUGGCCUCAGUGGAAUCAAAGUGGCUCCUUUAGCAUGGGCACCUUUCAUUAAGGCCCAGGGUCAGCCCAGUGAUGGCCUGGGUCAGUGUAUACUAGCCAAGGACUUGGGCUUGGCCCCAAGCUCAAAUCCUUGCAGCGCUUCACCACCGGAACCACUAUAUAUUUUAAACAUUUCACAUUUAAACAUCGUAGACAUGAAGUGCACGUACAAAACACACUCACACUUUUAUUCCCAACUAGAGGAAGUCUAAGAGUCAUUCAUCUGCCCCGAGGUUGGUCAGCAUAAUGACAGGCUAAGCCGAUCCACGGCGGUGGGAAAGGAGGGGAAAAAGCACUCUUUGCGUAGGCCUGGAAGGGCAUCGAAAAUGCGCGAACUCGUAAAAUGUAGUAGGAGUUUAAGCCAGAUGUCUCAGUGUGCACGGUGUUAAACUGGCCUUUCCAUUUAGCUCCAAAGUGCAAGAACGUGCGAAAGCCACUGAAAAAAAAAUACGAUAACCUUUUAAAUCCCACCGCUGAAUCUCCCUAGUACCCGCCUUUGGAAGAAGCGCUUUUCGGAUGCGAGACGGCGGCACCAGAAGAAGUUUAAUGCCUAAUGGUUUUAAAGGUCUCCCCCUCCUAGACUGUGAGCCCGCUGUUGGGUAGGGACCGUCUCUCUAUGUUGCCAACUUGGACUUCCCAAGUGCUUAGUACAGUGCUCUGCACAUAGUAGGCGCUCAAUAAAUACGAUCGAAUGAAUGAAAAGGCCCGUGUUUGUCUGAAAUGCCCAUUUCCCUGUUUAGUUUUUAGCAAACAUCCAGUAUUGUUUGCAGCAUUUAUCGACUGAGGAUCAAGAGGUGUUCAAACUCGACCCACAUUUCUAGACUGUGAGCCCACUGUUGGUUAGGGACUGUCUCUAUAUGUUGCCGACUUGUACUUCCCAAGCGCUUAGUACGGUGCUCUGCACACAGUAAGCGCUCAGUAAAUACGAUCGAUUGAUUGAUAUCCUGGCAGACAACCGAAAAUGACAGGUUAGUGUGGGAAGCUCUAGCCAACUGGUGGUAAGACCCCAAGGAACCAGGGUGGGUUAACCCCUCACAGGGACACGUGGGCCAACCUGGAGUGAGAAUAGCUCGAGUUGGCUCCGUUUCCAUCAUCAUCAUCAUCAUCAAUCGUAUUUAUUGAG